AUUUCUACGAAUGGUGCCAGGAAUUCGUAAACCUAGAAUUAUUUCAAAAGCUUAUCUACAAAGCAUGGUUAACCAAGCUGCCAAGGAUAGCUCAACUACUGCGUCGGCUCGUAUUGGAGUCAGAGAACGUCUUAACCAAUUAAAUGUGUCAUCAAAUGUGCCAUCUGCUGGAGUUGAAACUGCAGGAGUUGAAGUGACAGGAGCAAGUCGAACUAUUGAAGUUGAUCAUGGUUCUUCUGGAGAAGGUGAUAAUACUACAACAAAUCACACUAAUGAGAGUGGCAUUCCCCAAACCCUUGAAGAUUCCAACCAAAAUCAGAAUUUGAAUGCAGCUGAAGCUGGUAACCUUCAGGAUACAUCAAUCAAAGACAAAGCAUCCGUCCCUAAGAGAAGACGUGGUCAAACAAUGGGUAAGGGAGUUAUGAAAGCAUUUGAUGCCUCUGGAAAGAAGUUGAAGGUAGAUGUGGAUCCAAUGAUAGGACGGCCCAAAAGUCGAGAGCAAUCUGCAAAGCUCUCAAGUCAAAUUGGUGUAGUAGCUCGAGAUGUCCUUCAAGUGCCAAGAAAAUGGAAAGAAAUGGCUGAAGAAAUUUUUUUGGAACCAGGCAUUGAUCAUAUAAAG